UUGAGCGGCGAUGGGAAGGCGGCGUCCGGAAGCGUUGGUGCCCGGGGCGUGCUGCCUUUGUUUUACCGGCUCCCCCUGAGCCAGGGAGCCGAGCUCAGGGUCCGCUGCGUAUCUUGAUAUCUUCUGGUAAUGAACAGAGGGAGUGUUGCUGAUUUCAAAAUUUUUCUAUGGAGUUGAGUAAGCAUUCUACAACAACCGUGAUAGAGACACUCCCAGGACACCAAGAGAAAUACGGAGAGAAGAGAAAAUACUUGGUGGUCAAGAGGAGUACUUGUGAAUAAAGAAAAGGAAUCUUAUGUUCUUGGGGAAGCCCAUAACACAUGACCAGAGAUGGCACCUAAACCACUUGGGAAGUGGGAAAAGUAUGGAAAAAGAUACUGUCGAGAUUGGGAAAGGGAAACUGGAUUAAAAGAAUGGAUUCGAAGUGUACCAGGAGAUGACACAAAGGCAGCAUGCAAAUAUUGCGCAUGUGAAAUCAGAGCCCAUCAUAGUGAUUUGGUUGCACACAGUAAAACCAAAAAGCACAAGAGACAUGUUGCUUUAUUUUCAUGUUCUUCUGAUAUGAAAAAACAUUCAUUUGAAUUUGAAGUUGAAAACCAAAAUUCAUUUGACGAUGAUAUCACGCAAGCCAAAAUGGAUCAAUCUGUUAAUGUGUGUGCACUGAAGCUAGCGGCACACAUAGCUUGCCAUAUGAGCAUUUUUACAGUGGAUCACCUAGGCUGCAUUGUUGGAGGGAUAGCAGAGAAGGACAUUAGUCUGCAUAGAACAAAAUGCUCCACACUGAUUAGAAAUGUCAUUGGUCCUACUGUACACGAAGAACUUCUGAGAGACAUUGGCAAUGGACACUACUCGUUGAUCAUUGAUGAAAGUACAGAUGUAUCAGCACAAAGGCAACUUUGCUUGAUAGUAAGAUAUUUUAGCAACAAGCUUAAAUGUAUUGUAUCAUCCUUUGCAGGGAUCAUUAACUUGACUAGAAGUGGUACUAUCACAGAAGCCCUCUUGACAUUUCUAAAUGACAACAAGCUGAACAUAAAAAAGUGUGUUGGGAUUGCUGCUGAUGGUUUCAAUACAAGCUUAUGUGGAAAUAAAAAUUCAUUGCUCAAAAAGUUUUAUGAACUCAAUCCUUGUGGAGUUUUCAUCAAAUAUGUAAGUUACUCUCUCUAUUUGUGCUCUUCAAAAGCCAUUGAUGUGCUUCCAUUGAACAUAGAGUAUAUGGUUUCACGGACAUACUUGUGGUUUUCCCAUAGCACUUUCCACCAGAAGAGGUACCAUGAACUAUAUGCUGCCAUCAGUGUUGGAGAGAAUUUCCUGAAAAUACUGCAGCUUACUGAGACAAGAUGGCUGUCCAUUAGCCCUUGUAUUAACAGAGUACUUGAUCAGUAUGAAACUUUGAUGUUGCACUUUCAGUCUAUAAGAGACAAUGAAAGGGACUACAGUGCUGAGCUUCUCUAUCAAAUGUAUUCUGAUCCAGUAAAUAGACUCUAUCUUGUUUUUCUGCAGCCUCUUAUUCAGGAAGCUAAUAGGAUCAACAAGUUAUUUCAAUUUGAAACAGUUAAUCCAGUUAACCUUAUUGCUGAAUUAAUGCUGUUCUAUCAGAAUUUGGUGCAAAGAGUCAUGAAACCUUGUGUCUUUACAACAUGGUCAUCCAUUGUAAAUUAUGACAUUCACUGUAACAGGAACUACAUGCCUCUUUCGGAGGUUAACUUUGGAUCAGCGUUCUUGUCUGAAUUAAUAAAUGCAAAUCUUUCCUCACAUACAGUAGAGACCAUCCAAAGCAGAUGUCGAGAUUGUAUCCUUGAGUUUGCUAAGCAAAUAAAGCUCCGACUGCCUCCAAAUGUCCAUCAUCUAGAAUCUCUCAGUGCUCUGAGCCCUUCAGUUGUUCUAAGUCCUACAAAACCUGAAUUCUCAACCCUGUCUUUUUUGUCCUUAUGUAGAGGGGAUCAUAUCAAGUUGAAACAGCAAUGGAAAAACCUGGAUGCUGUCUCAUGGACAAACACAGAAGAUAGCCAAAUAGAACAGUUCUGGAUAGAAGUUGCAAAACACACAGAUGAAGUUGGUGAUAAGGAUUUUGUUGAGCUAGGAUUAUUUGCCCUUGCCCUUCUCACCUUGCCCUUCAGCACUGCAGCUGUGGAGUGUACAAUCUCACAAAUGAACUUGAUAAAAACCAAGUUAAAGAACAGACUGCAGGACAGCCUACUUGAAAAUAUCUUAAGGAUUAGGGCCUAUAUGCACCGAAAUAAGAUUUGCUGCAACCAGUUUCAACCAUCCAAAGAGAUGAUAUCUUUGUUUAAUAAUGAGUUUUAUGCAAUUGCUAAUAGCAAGGACCCUACAGAUGACUCUGAGGAGGAUAUCUUUUGAAAAGACUCAAGUGAAGAGGAUCUCUUUUAAAAAAGUAAGCAAGGAUUUUCAAAAUGGCUCAUUGCAAUUGAACUAUUUGACUCAUGCAUUUCAAAUUUUGUUCUAUCUACAAAUCUGUUUUCCCAUUCAUUUAGUAAGAACUACUUUUCAUAGAGGAAGAUACAUUGCAUAAAGCCACACAACCCUUUUUAGAAAAGGAUUUUUGAAAAACUAAAGUAAAAUUAAUGAGGUAUGCUCUGGUACAGGGGUCGGCAACCUACGGCACGUGUGCCAAACACGGCAUGCUGAUUUUGAGUGGCACGCUGCUGCCUGCCACGGUCCCAGCCCCACUCAGCCCCCCCCGUCCACCGCUCUCCCCUGUGGGGGCAGGAGGCAGAAGCUUGGUUCUCUGGCAGCCAAGCUUCCCUCCUCCCCCACUUCUUCUCCCAGUGUGGUGCUUUCCUGCCCCUCCUCCUCCCUCUCCCUGCCGCCGAUCAGCUGAUGGCCCUUGCGAGGGGGAGGAGUGGCAGCGUGCUCCCUGCUCCGUCGAGGAAGUAGAGAAGAGGUAGGGUCGGGACCUUGGGGAAGGGGACAGGGCCUAUCCCUUCCAGCCCCCUGCCAUGAGCUGCUCAGGGCAUAGGGCUGGGAGCACCCCAGCCCUCUGCCCUGACCCCCCCUUCUGCCCUGCACCCCCACACAUCCAGCCUUCUGCCCUGACCCCCUCCCCCCACACACACCCAGCCCUCUGCCCUGAACCGCCCCCAGGUCUGGGGUCCUGGCUGCCGGCCCCUUGCCAGCUGGCGUCCCGGAUGCAGGCCCCGCUCAGCCCACUGCCGGCCUACGUGAACAGAACCCCAGCCUGGCAGCGAGCUGAGCAGGCUGGCAGCAUAAGAUCAGCAUUUUAAUUUAAUUUUAAAUGAAGCUUCUUAAACAUUUUGAAACCCUCUUUACUUUACAUACAACAAUAGUUUAGUUAUAUAAUAUAGACUUAGAGAGACCUUCUAAAAAACGUUAAAAUGUAUUACCGGCACGUGAAACCUUAAAUUAAAGUGAAUAAACGAAGACUUGGCACACCACUUCUGAAAGGCUGCCUACCCCUGCUCUAAUAGUAAUUCAUUUGGGGGGGGGCACACUUGACUGAAGAUGCUGAUUAGACAGUGCACCAAAAAAACCCUCCCCAUUAGCCUAUUAAUGUAAUACAGUCAUGGCAUAUUUUUAUAUUGAGUGAUACACAACUUAACACUACAUUUCUAUGCCUCAGUACAAUACUCUGGCAGGAGCCAUGGCUGGGUGAAGAUUAAAUAAAACCUGCUUUUUUAUAUAUAAGUUUUGGAGGGCACUACUCUUGAAUAAUUUGUACUUACAACUCUGUUAAGAGAUAUUUCUGAGGGCAUUUUGUGCCAAAAAAAAUCUACACCAAAAAAAUUCUAUGCACAAUAUUUUAAAAUUUAAAAACUCUACACAUUUUAUUUGUCAGAUAAAUGUGGAGGCUCCGCAUGCAUAGGCCACUGGCUGCACAGAGGUGGGAGAUUAUUGUGCAGCUACCCCUUGGGAUACGGACUCAGUGGUGAGGCUGCACCCAACCCUGACACAGCGCUAGGACUGGGCCUGCCCCGGACACACCCCAGGGAUCUUCCCCUCCAUGCCAGGUGCACCAGGUAUGGGGAGGCAGGAGCCAAGUGUGGCGGGGCUUAGUGUGGAGGAAUCCAGGGGUGUGUUGAAAAGAUUCUGUGUGGGGUAACCUGGGUGCAGGCGGCUCAGUGGGGGAUCCAAGUGUAGGGGGGAACUGGAUGCACAGGGGCUUGUUGGGGAGUUUUGGGUGCAAUGGUAAUGGGA